AUGUCAGUACCUUUGCAGCGCAUUGACUGCUUAAAGCUCAUCCUUGACACCCCAAAAGGGCGCGGGGUCUUUGCGGCAAAGAGGAUCGAGGCUGGAACCAUAAUUGACACGGCGCCAGUGAUAAUUCUUACCGUGGAAGAAUUCGAUAAAUAUAUUCAACAUUCAAAACUCCUAAACUACAGCUAUAACUGGCCAAAGAGGUGCAGGUCUUCAGGAAAGUCGGUGAUGCACCAGGCUAUUGUCCUUGGAUUAGGAUCGAUGUUUAACCACUCGUCAAUCCGCCAAAAUGUGGGAUGGAAGCGUAAUCUAGGCGCGGAAGUAGUCGUCUACUCAACGUUACGUGAUAUUGAGGAGGGAGAGGAAUUACUGAUAUCGUAUGGAGCUUGUUUGACAUUCGAGGAUGUAGAGGCGAAGCAAGCCAGGAGUGAUGAUGAGGAUGGACAAGAUAUAUUGAGUCGGAUUGAUGUUUGA